AUGUUGGCGGCUCUCCCGAGUGAACUUCGCUCGAUAAUCCUCCGCCAGAAUCCAGUUCUCUUCCGCCAGUCUCUGCGCAAUGUCUCCACCUCUCGGCCUGCAUUCUUCACGCGCACGCCUGCCUACAAACGCAUAGCAGUCCCCCCAUCGCGCGCAAUAUGGGCCAUUCCCCUCAUCGGUGGUGUAGCUCUCCUCGCCUACAGCAGACCGCAGGACAAGAAGCCGGUGCUGUCCGAGGUACUGCGGUCGCCGACGCUCAUCCCAUGUUCCGAGCGCGAACGCGUCGGAGCGGAGACCUUCAUCCUCUCACCCUCGGAACAUGAAUCCACCUUUUCGGGCAGGAUAAUCGCCAUCCUGCGCGACAGCAUCUGGGAGCCCCUUCUGACCGCACGGCGCUUCGUCUAUCUAUGCAUACUCUUCUUCCCCGUCAUCCUGUCUUCUCCCAUGGUCCUGGUCGGGAAGCAGGAGAAGAGGUGGCAGGGGGACCGCUGGGGCGCGGUUUGGUGGUACGGAUUCCUCGUCAGGCAGAUGGAGCGCGCAGGCCCCACGUUCAUCAAGCUCGCGCAAUGGGCCGCCACGCGCGCGGAUCUCUUCCCGGCCAUGCUCUGCGACCGCUUCGGGAAGAUGCAUUCCAGCGGCAAGCCGCACUCGCUCGCCCACACCAAACGCGUCAUCGAGAUGGUCUUUCAAAGGCCAUUUGAAGACGUCUUCGUCGAGUUCGAGGAGGAACCCAUCGGUACUGGUGCCAUCGCUCAAGUCUACCGGGCAACCCUCCGGCAGGAUCUCAUCCCGCCUUCGUACUUCGACCCGAAGCGCACUCCCAAGCAUGACCUUGCCCACAUGACGCCGAGCAUCGCGCCUGACCCUUCACCGUCCGUACCCACUGCCGCCGUCGCCAUCAAGAUCUUGCACCCGCGCGUCCGCCAGAUGAUCUCGCGCGACGUCGCGAUUAUGUCCUUCUUCGCCCACCUCAUCACGCUUGUACCCGGCAUGCAAUGGAUCUCGCUUCCCGAGGAGGUGGAGGUGUUCUCGAACAUGAUGUACGAGCAGGUCGACCUACGCAAAGAAGCGGAAAACCUCGUGACGUUCGAACAUAACUUCAUCUCGCGUACCGAGCCCAUCUUCUUCCCGCGUCCGCUGCAGCAAUGGAGCACGGCUGAUCUGCUCGUUGAGGACUUCCAGCAUGCACUACCGUUGACGACAUUCUUGCGAAAUGGUGGCGGGCCAUACAAUGAUCAACUGGCCGAGCUUGGUCUCGAUGCGUUUCUGAAAAUGCUGCUUUUGGAUAAUUUCGUUCACUCUGAUCUCCAUCCCGGUAACAUCUUCGUCAAGUUUUCCAAACCCUCGACGAGCGAUAUCCUCUGGGAUCUGUGGCAUUCGUACUGGAAUCCGAACGGCGAACCCGUCAGCGCACCUACGAACGUUGAGGCCAACGCCAUCAUCACUCGCCUCAGUUCCGUAUCGAAAGACAGGCGACAGUGGCUUGCCGACCUUGACACCCUCGCCGAGGAAGGCUAUCUUCCCGAGCUCGUUUUCAUCGAUGCGGGGUUAACCACGACGCUCUCGCCGAAGAACCGUCGAGACUUCCUCGACCUCUUCCGCGCCGUUGCGGAGUUUGACGGAUACCGUACGGGUCAACUGAUGGUAGAGCGUUGUCGUUCGCCCGAGCUUGCUAUCGAUACGGAGACGUUCGCGUUGAAGAUGCAGCACAUCGUGCUCGGCGUUAAGCGCAAGACAUUCAGUCUUGGACAGAUCAAGAUCUCGGAUAUCUUGACGGAGGUGCUGAAGGCCGUGCGAACACAUCACGUCAAGCUCGAGGGUGAUUUCGUGAACACCGUCAUCUCGAUAUUGUUGCUGGAGGGUAUUGGACGACAGCUGGACCCGAACUUGGAUCUGUUCAAGAGCGCGCUGCCAAUCUUGAGGCAGCUCGGCAGGCAGAUGUCGAACCAGGACACUAUCAAGCGGCUACCGGACGACAAAUCAAUCUUCUCGUUCCUCAAGGUCUGGGUGUGGUUAGAGGCUCGCCAGCUAGCGAGCAAUGCAUUGGUCAAUAUCGACGAACUCGUAUAUCACGACUGGUUCACACCUAAUGUUUAG